AACUUCCUAUUUUUUUUUGCAUUCCUUCUUUGUCUUAGUCGACGUUUUGUUUUUGUUGGUGGUUUCUAUCUGGCCAGUUGUUUUAUUCUCUUCCCCACCCCACUCCCGGAGUUUUUACUUUUUCUACCUGACAAGGUUCCAGUUUACCAAGAUUGGCAGCUCCGGAGUUAAGAUGUCCAACCGAACAGUGUGCAGAGAAGCAAGUCACGCUGGCAGUUGGUACGCCGCCUCAGGCUCCCAGCUAAAUACACAACUAGAAGGUUGGUUGUCUCAAGCACAAUCCACGAUCAGCCCCGCUAGAGCCAUCAUAGCACCGCACGCUGGAUAUUCCUACUGUGGCGCUUGUGCUGCACACGCCUACAAACAAAUAGACCCUUCUGUCACUCGCAGGGUGUUCAUCCUGGGCCCGUCUCACCAUGUUCCUCUGUCCCGCUGUGCCCUGUCCUCUGCUGAGGUUUAUAAAACACCUCUCUACGAUCUCAGGAUUGACCAGAAUGUCUAUGCUGACCUCUGGAAGACUGGGAUGUUUGAGAGGAUGAGUCUUCAGACAGACGAGGAGGAGCACAGCAUUGAAAUGCAUCUGCCUUACACUGCUAAAGCCAUGGAGAGUCAUAAAGAUGAGCUCAGCAUUGUCCCGGUGCUGGUUGGAGCCCUCAGUGAGUCUAAAGAACAGGAUUAUGGGAAACUGCUCAGCAGGUAUCUGGCUGAUCCCUCCAACUUGUUCAUCAUCUCCUCUGACUUCUGCCACUGGGGCCAACGGUUCCGCUACACGUACUAUGACGAGGCUCAAGGAGAGAUUCACAGAUCCAUUGAACACCUUGAUAAAAUGGGUAUGGGCAUUAUAGAAACACUGGACCCCAUGUCCUUCACCAACUACUUGAAGAAAUACCACAACACCAUCUGUGGCCGUCAUCCUAUUGGAGUGCUGCUAAACGCCGUGUCUGAGCUGAGGAAGAGUGGAACAGAGAUGAACUUCUCCUUCCUGGACUAUGCCCAGUCUUCCCAGUGCAGGAACUGGCAGGACAGCUCUGUUAGCUACGCAGCCGGGGCCCUCAUUGUACAUUGAUGUGGUCCCAAAUGGCACCCUAUUACCUAUAUAGUGCACUUCUUUUGACCAGGGCUCAUGGUAGCCUUGUCCGAGCCGGAAUGGCCCGUAGGUCAGGAGCCCAUCUCCUGUUUCUGUAGCGGCGAGGCAGCUUGAUAGACAAGUACAAACCCUGGACAGGACGCUAGUCUAUCGCAGGGUCCAUAGGACUCUGGUCAAAAGUAGUGCACUAUAUAGGGAAUAGGGUGCCACUGCAGCUCUAAACCACCCAAACUUCUAUCGCCAUAACGAUGAUCUGGACUAGCCAAUGAGGAGAGAUAUUAUAUUCACAGCACCCCCUACCUGCCUCCCCCUCUCCGCAGUUGUGAGUCGGAGAGUUUCUCUUUGUCUUAAAACGUUUGCUUGAAGUGCAGUUGCAGUUUUUGAGAUUGAAGGGAAGGAGUGUUAUUUUGGCAUGGAGCAGGGAUGGUUGGGGGGGUAAGGGGAGGCG